AUGGCAUUCAACAGAGAUCUAAAGCUCAAAAAACCGAUCGUUGAAGAUUACGGUCAUUCUCUCGAAGAGGCUUUCAACAACGUAAAGAAUGCGAGUAGGGAGCACUACCGAGCCAUGCUCUUGAUGUACCAUAACCAAUUGGAAGCCAUCACAGCCAAGCAUUAUGAAGAGCGUGAAGUCUAUCGCGUGCGAGGUAAAUUAGAGUUACUCAAGGAACUCUUCAAGAAAGACGCAAGGAGGAAGGAGAAGAAGAAACUAAAGACUGAACUUGUGCUCGCAAAGGAGAAGAUGGAUGGGGUCAAGAUUCCUUACGUUGAUUGGUUCAAGAUGGACGUUAUAAAUCAAAUAGUUGGGGUCAGCCAUUUGGAGAUUGUUUCUCUCAAUGGAAAAGACACUGAGAAGAUAACACUGGAGCUCCAGAAUCAGCUUACUGAUCGCCUUACGGUUCAUCUGUUGGGUAAAUAUGCUAUAUUUGUUAAUGAUGCUACUCAAAACCUCAUCCAGAAGAAGUGUAUUAUAUGGAUUAUUCGAUUUGCCAAAAUCGGAGUGUUCAAAGGUAAUCUUCAUGGUGAACAAAAGAGACCCGCAGAUAGCAUUGGUGGCGUCCAAACCAUAUUGUCCGAUUCCGGAGUUAUAUGGAAACGGCAGAGGUAUAUUGUUAUGUGUACAAUUGCUGCCAUUGAUUAUGAUAUGGGAUGGUACUAUAUGAGUUGCAAAAUCUGUUGGAAAAGAGUAUUGUUAGUCCCUAGCAAUCAUAUGGUUUAUGGAAUUCAAAAGUCCCAAAUCAAGAAAAAGUACUAUUGCGCCAAGUGUAAUAACUAUCGUUCUGAACUUCUGCCAAGGUACAAUUUACAAUUGGUAGUCCUUGACAAUACUGGCCACUCAAAGUUCCUUCUGCUUGACAACCUUGCAGAAGAAUUAUUAGGGAUUCCCUGCGUUGCGUUAUACGGUUCAUCGUCUGACCAGAUCGAGGCUCCCGUUGUCGUCCAUUCUGUUCUCUCUAAAUUAGUUGGCGGAACCUAUUUCUGCAAGAUUGUUAUAGAGGAGCAAAAUUUCAUGUUCAACUGCCAAACGUUCAAAGUCCUGGAGAUUAUUCCAACUUACGAGUUUUAG